CAGCCUGAGCCGGCUCCCCGGUUUCACGCGUUACUCGCUAGCCCAGGGGCCUUUCUGAGCCACUGCGGCAUCCGUUGCUCUUCCCUUCCGGGUGAUGUGACGGCGACGCAGGCGCCGUGGCGACCGUUCCCUGGUUGAUGGCGCAGACGCAGUAGCUGCUGGACCCUUCGGGCGGCGGUGGUGCGAGGCUGCUGCUGCUAAGCAGUCACAAUGGAAAAUAAUCAAUGUAAUGAUGAGGAUGCCAAGAAGAGUGUUUCAAAUGAGGAGGCAUGUGGAAAUGUAGUUCAGCAGAGGGCUCAGGAAGAACUUCUCUUUCAUGAGGAAACCAUUGAUCUUGGUGGAGAUGAAUUUGAGUCUGAAGGGAAUGAGACCAUCUCGGAGGAUUCCAAUAACUUCAUAGAUAAACUUAAUGAACAUAUGAUGGAGAGCGUCAUUAUUUCUGAUUCUCCAAACAAUAGUGAAGAUGACACCGGUGAACUUGGUUGCCUGCAAGAGAUUGUGGAACAAAUGGAAGUCAAGGACAUUUGUACAACAGAAGGAGAAGUGAGUAAGGAAGAAGCCCUAGGUAGUGACAGUGAAACUGAACAUGAAGAAACACCUAAAGACAUUUCUGAUAUUGGAACAGAUGAUCAGGCAUCUUUAAAGGAAGAGUUGAUUCAAGAAGCAGUGAAAGAUGAACCAAAAGUGGGAGAUGAAGCUCUAGGUGACUCAACGCCAAGUAAUAUUGAGGAAAGUAAAUCUGAGGAGCUAAUAUCAUCACCCCUUGCCAGCAAAUCAUCUCCUGAAGCUGAGCCUAUCCCUGUAUGCACCAUUUUUAGUCAAGCAAACAAUGUUAAUACUCAACCACAGUUGUUCAUACAUGAUGGCUUUGAGCCUCAAAUGGUGAAGUCUCCUAGUUUUAGUAGUGUAAAUGAGGUUCCAGUGAAGUCUCAUCCACAGGUGGUUCAGCCAAGUCCUAGCCUAAGUACAUUUUUUGGUGACCCUGUUAACACUAAUAAUCUAGCUGUUGAGUUUUUUGAUUCAUUUACUACAUCCACUUUUAUUUCUGUCAGUAACCCUAAUGCAAGUUCUUCAAUCCCAGAACAAAUGUCAUCUGUUAGUACAGUUGGAGACAAUUCCAAUGACUCUGCUGACCCUACUUACUCUGUAGGAAAUGGGAGAUCUGAAGCAGGUGGUCCCUCUGCCUCUUUAGAAAUAUCACAAUCUCCUAAACCAUUUUCACAGAUCCAAGCUGUUUUUGCUGGAAGUGAUGACCCAUUUGCUACAGCCUUGAAUAUGAGUGAAUUAGAUAGAAGGAAUGAUGCCUGGAUUCCCAGUGAGGAAACUAGAAAGGUUUUAAUUUCAGUAGCCACUCAGCAAUAUAGUACUCUGUUUAUAGACAAAGAGAAUCUCACCAUGCCUGGAUUAAAGUUUGACAACAUCCAGGGAGAUGCGGUAAAAGACUUAAUGCUCCGUUUCCUGGGUGAGCAAGCAGCAGUGAAGAGACAAGUUUUAAAUGCCAAUUCCGUAGAACAGUCUUUUGUAGGCUUGAAACAGCUAAUUAACAGCAAAAACUGGAGAGCAGCAGUUGACCUGUGUGGACGACUUUUGACUGCCCAUGGUCAAGGCUAUGGCAAAAAUGGGCUACCUACUAAUCAUACAACAGAUUCUUUGCAGCUAUGGUUUGUGAGACUAGCACUGCUGGUGAAGUUGAAUCUUUUCCAAAAUGCAGAAUUGGAAUUUGAACCAUUUGGAAACCUGGACCAACCUGAUCUGUACUAUGAAUAUUACCCUCAUGUAUACCCAGGACGCAAAGGUUCCAUGGUUCCCUUUUCCAUGCGGAUUUUACAUGCUGAACUUGAACAGUACCUAGGAAAUCCCCAGGAGUCACUUGAUAGACUGCACAGCAUGAAAACAAUCUGCACAAAGAUAUUAGAAAAUUUGGAGCAGGGCUUAGCAGAAGAUGGAAGUAUGACUAACAUUACACAAGAGAACCGACAAGCCUCUGUUGAGCUGUGGAGGUCACGUCUGGGCCGGGUGAUGUACUCCAUGGCAAACUGUCUGCUAAUGAUGAAGAUAACUGGGAGCUUACACAAGCCCGCUUCAGGCAGAGCUGAGAAUGAAACACAAGACUAUGUGCUUGCUGUAGAUGCGUAUCACACAGUCAUCAAAUAUUACCCAGAACAGGAACCUCAGCUGUUGAGUGGAAUUGGAAGGAUUUUUCUUCAGAUUGGAGAUAUAAAAACAGCAGAAAAAUAUUUUCAAGAUGUUGAGAAAAUGAGUCAGAAAUGGGAUGGACUACAGUACCAAAUUAUGGUUUUAAUGAACAGAGCAUUUCUCCAUCUUGGUCAGAAUAACUUUGCAGAAGCUCACAGAGCCUUCACGGAAAUUUUAAGGAUUGACCCUGCAAAUGCUGUGGCUAAUAACAAUGCAGCUGUUUGUUUGCUUUAUCUGGGAAAAUUGAAGGAUUCCCUCCGGCAGUUGGAAGGAAUGGUUCAGCAGGACCCUAAACACUACCUACAUGAGAGUGUUCUUUUCAAUUUGACAACUAUGUAUGAAUUGGAGUCAUCCCGCAGUAUGCAGAAGAAGCAAGCACUGCUUGAGGCUGUAGCUGUCAAAGAGGGUGAUAGCUUUAACACUCAGUGUCUCAAGUUAGGAUAGUUUGUUUUCAUCUACCAAUUUUUUUAAUGAAAGACUAAUUUUUAAAAUUGUACAUACUCUCGCUAAUAUGUAAAUGUUCCUCUUAUGAAUGAAAUGAAAUAAAAUCUCUUUAAUUAUGAACAUAUGGCAGAAUUACUACACUAUCUACAUGGUCUGGAACAAUAAUCCUUGCCUGUCACUAUUGGGAUUUUGUGCUGAUCUGUAGCCAGCUUCAUCUCUGCAAGUCUGUUACUAUUUACGGUUAUUCCUAACUGUAGUACCCACAGUCACAUUUACUCAGAUGGAUUCCUUUUUUAGGAGUGACACGUUUGAGCUGACUUUUCUUGAUGGUUGUUAUUGUUGGUUAUUAUUAUAAAUUCUUCAGUGAUUAGGGGAGAAAUAUGACAUUAUCAAGUCUCAUAACAUGGCUAAGGGUUCCAGAGGAUAUCUGUACAAGUAACACUUUUCAGAGUGGUACCCGUGUUAGUCUGUAUCAGCAAAAACAACGAGGAGUUCUUGUGGCACCUUAGAGACUAACAAAUUUAUUUGGGCAUAAGCUUUCGUGGGCUAGAACCCACUUCAUCGGAUGCAUGAAGUG